AUGCACCCAAAGAUUUCAUCACUGCACCCAGCGUCAUUAGCCAUCUCUCUCCUGCAGCCCUCUUCUGAUUGGCUUCACCAACUUCUUCCCUUCCAAGCAACCAAACCAAGCAGACAAAGACACUCUCCAGCUCAUAUGGCGUCAACAAUUGUUAACGCGGGACCCAUCCAGGGUCUGGAUUACGUCGGUCUCAGACCCGCAAAACCUCUGAAGCUGAAUUCGGGUCGGAUCCAGAUCAAGACCCGACCGCAGCGCCUCUUCACCGUAAGAGCCAGCGAAGGCGAUGUGCCCAUCGGGAAGACCCGACUGAGUGACGCCGAAUGCGAGGCCGCCGUCGUCGCCGGAAACGUGCCGCAUGCGCCUCCGGCGCCGCCUAAACCAGCCGCCCCAGCGGGAACUCCAGUGGUGCCUUUGCUGCCGAUCAAUCGCAGACCUCGUCGUAACCGAAGGUCGCCUGCUCUGAGGUCGGCGUUUCAGGAAACAAGCUUGUCACCUGCGAAUUUUGUGUAUCCACUUUUUAUUCAUGAAGGUCAAGAAGACACGCCUAUUGGAGCUAUGCCUGGAUGUUAUAGGCUUGGAUGGAGACAUGGGCUUGUGGAAGAGGUUUCAAAGGCUCGAGAUGUUGGUGUCAAUAGCAUUGUGCUCUUCCCCAAAGUUCCAGAUGCUUUGAAGAAUUCAACAGGUGAUGAAGCCUACAACGAUAAUGGUUUAGUGCCUCGAGCAAUAAGGUUGCUCAAGGACAAAUACCCUGAUCUUGUUAUCUACACCGAUGUUGCUUUAGAUCCAUACUCCUCUGAUGGGCAUGAUGGUAUUGUUAGAGAAGAUGGAGUUAUACUGAAUGAUGAGACAGUACAUCAAUUAUGUAAGCAAGCUGUUGCCCAGGCCCGAGCUGGAGCAGAUGUUGUCAGUCCCAGUGACAUGAUGGAUGGUCGUGUGGGAGCUCUUCGAACUGCUCUUGAUGCUGAAGGUUUUCAGCAUGUAUCUAUCAUGUCCUAUACGGCAAAGUAUGCAAGUUCAUUUUAUGGUCCAUUCCGAGAAGCAUUGGACUCGAAUCCACGUUUUGGUGACAAAAAAACUUAUCAGAUGAACCCAGCAAAUUACAGAGAGGCUCUGAUUGAGGCACGUGAAGACGAGUCUGAAGGAGCUGAUAUCCUCUUGGUGAAGCCUGGUCUACCAUAUUUGGAUAUCAUAAGAUUACUCCGGGAUAGCUCUCCUUUACCAAUAGCUGCAUAUCAGGUUUCAGGUGAGUAUUCAAUGAUCAAGGCUGGCGGGGUUCUCAAAAUGAUUGACGAAGAAAAGGUUAUGAUGGAAUCCCUUAUGUGUCUACGAAGGGCUGGAGCCGACGUAAUCCUUACAUAUUUUGCCCUGCAAGCUGCCAGAAGUUUGUGCGGUGAGAAGAGGUGA